AUGGGCUCGAUCGAUACAAUAAAGAACGUCAAGGAUGACCAAGAGCUGACAGUGCUGGUGACUGGCUUCGGUCCCUUCAAGGAUGGCUAUCCCGUGAAUCCGUCGUGGGAGAUCGCCUCGGCGCUGCCCGAGUACCUGCCCUGGGACAGGGUGAAGGACCCGGCGCACAAGUCGUCGUCCAAGAUGCCCCGGGUCCGGCUGCUGGUGCACCCGCAGCCCAUCCGCGUCAACUACCAGACGGUGCGCGAGCUCGUGCCCACGCUCUGGGACGACCCGGGCCGCACGAUCGACCUCGCCCUGCACAUCGGCAUGGCGGGCCCGCCGGUCAAGUACGCGAUCGAGCGCCGCGCGCACCGCGACGGCUACAAGUUCCGCGACGUCGACGGCCACCUGCUCGAGGGCGAGGGCGGCGAGGGCGUCUGGCCCGGCGCCCCCGAGGAGCUGCUGACGGAGCUGGACGUCGAGGACAUCUACGAGAGAUGGGUCCAGCGGUGCCCGGACAAGGGCGAGGACGGCCCCGAGCUGAAGAUCUCCGAGGACCCGGGCCGGUAUCUGUGCGACUUCAUCUACUUCUCCAGCCUCGAGCACCUGUGGAGGCAGCACCGGCCGCGGAAAGUCCUCUUCCUGCACGUGCCGGCGAUUGGCAACCCGGCGUUUGUAAAGAUGGGCACGGAGCUGGCGACGCAGCUGAUCAGGGCGAUUGUCGAGAGCGAGGUCGAGAAGAAAGCACCCGGUGACGAAGCGGCUGCAUGA